AAUAUUGUAGUAAAUGAGCACCGAUGGUACGUUUUAGCGGGCUCAGUUGAGUAGGUAAGGCGGAGGAAUUGUGCAGUCGGUAUUUUGAUAUCAUGCUGUUCAGAUCGACUCUCGCAAUUUUUUCAUAACUUUUAGAGUAAUCACAUAGAUAAGAGACCACCGUGCAGUGUUGUGUAACAUCGAUAUCAUUCGCGAGAAGUUUACGGAGUGACAAUGAGAAUUUUCACUAAAAUUUUAUUAACUUGCAUUUUAUACAUCUCCUUCUUUAGCAAUAUUAUAUCAUCAGAAUCAUCGUCAUGGGAAUUUGCUGUAACUACAAAGAACAAAAUAAUUUUCUACGAUAGAAAUUGGGUUGAACUGACAACGGCUGCUCAGCAAUUUGGAGGUCUCUCAGCAAUUGUGUACGAUGAGACUGAGGAUAAUAUUUUCUUUAAUGAUCAAGAGCAAGAUAAAGGAAGUAUUUUCCUGCUGAAGCUGUCGGAUGGCGAUGAGAAUCAUAUUGUUAGGAAGUUGGUGCAAAAGGUGCAAGAUGAGCACAUACAGGGCAUUGCAUAUGAUCCCCUCGAUAGGGCUCUCUACUGGACAGACGCCAAAAAUCAUCGCAUCUAUCGGGCAACAUACGCAGAAGAUGGUAGCAUUAGCACACCGAGUGUCUUCAUGCAAUUCACGGAGGAGAUCCCACGAGGAAUUGCAGUGGAUGUGUGUCGAAGGAAGUUGUAUUGGACUAACUCAAAUUACAUGAAUGGAUCAAUUGAGCGGGCAUCAUUGACGGGAGAGAAGCGUGAAGUCCUCAUUACGGACGUUCACAUGCCCAUGGGUAUUGCCAUUGAUUACUUCACAGAUAAAAUGUUCUGGCUCGAUAAUAAGGCUGGGAAUCACUAUUCCGUUGAAAGUGCCUCACUCACAGGAAGCCAUCGGGAAGCUCUUGUGACAAGUCUCUACAAUAGUCCCGUUAAUUUAGUCGUUGAUCGUGACAACAUCUACUGGACGGAAUUCUACCAGGAAUCCGUCUGGAAGGUGCCCAAGACGGCAUAUGGUGCUGACAAAGCUACGAAAGUUCUUGCGAACUUUACCUCAACACCCCGUGGCAUAAUUCUCAAGACGGACUUCCUGCAGAAUCACAUGAAUAACCCACUGUGUAGGAAGGUUAUUAAAGAAAUCCGUCAGAGAUUGAAUCCACAAAAUGUUUCGGUAGAAAAUAAUACCCAAAAUACCACAACGGAAAAUCUUUCAAAAAGUCAAGUAACUCGAUCUCCAAUGGAGCAUCACUGCCUCAAUCAGGGAAUCCCAAAUGCAGUAUCGGGGCGAUGUAUGUGCCAGAAUGGCUUCACCGGAGUCUACUGCGAGGUUCCCCUGUGCUACAACUACUGCGUACACGGGAAGUGUUUUCUCUCCGAAACGGGCUAUGCUGAGUGCAAGUGCGAUCCUGGCUUCGGUGGAGAUCGAUGCGAGAGGGAUGUUUGUACGGGAUUCUGUCUCAAUGGUGGACGGUGUACUCUUGAAAAUUCAGUACCUGUGUGCCAGUGCUCUAGCCUCUACAGCGGAAGGCACUGUGAAGUAAUGAAGUCCGGCGAGGAGAUCUGUAGGAAUUUCUGUGAAAGUGGAUUCGUUUAUCCAGAUUUACCAUGGAAUAUGCCCCAAGUUUGCGGAGAUUGCUCAGACAACAGUACCCAAAACCUUUCUCAAUUCCCGGAACAUCAUGAAGGGGAGCUGGAAGAUGACAAAAAGAUUAAGAUAAUUUGGUUUAUCUUGGUUUCCGUCAUCUUAACAGUUCUGUUCCUCCUCAAUGUUAUUUGCUUCUUCAUGUGGCGCUUCCAGAAACCCAUGAGGCCAAAAAUAAAGAAGACAUACGUGGUGCGAAAGAAUCUCACACCUCUCACAUGUCGACCAUCCGGUGCUGAGCAGCAGUGUGAGAUUACAAUUGAAAAUUGCUGUAAUAUGAAUGUUUGUGAUACGCCCUGCUUCGAUCCCAAAGCCUUGCAAGAAGAGAUGCAGAAGGAGAGUCGAAAGGAAGAUAAGAAGAAACUCCUUCGUCAUAUGGUGGACACAAAUGGAGAUUUGUAUUAAAAAAAAUCAUUGAUUUUUAAUUUAUCGAAAUAUUUAUAAAAUUUUUUCUCUUUGUGAUUUUCGUCACGUUUAAUGUGGCUAAAAUGCAUACAAAUUCUCUUUUCUUUUAUUAGAAGAAAAAAUCAACAAAAGAAAGGACUGUACGCAUAAAAAUUCAAAAGUGAAAACGAAUUGUGAAUUUUUUUUAUUCAUAAGUAUUAAGUAAAACAAACAAAAAUGUGAGAUGUAAAAACAAUUAGGCAUUUUAUCGAGCGUCAGUGCUUAUUUAUUGGAAUUUCUUUUAAUCGAAUUUAUAUAAUUUAAUCCAUAUGCGUGCUUUCUGCCUUCAAUAUCUCUACCAGAAACUAAAUAAAUGUUAGAUGUGUGGUAAAAUAUAGAAAAAAAAGAAGGAGAUGCUACUUAAUUGAGAGCCGCUUAAGUAACAAAAUAACAGAAAAAAGACAAGAUUCAGAAAAUUGUAAUACCUGUUACGUUAUAUUUACUUAAUUUUAAAUGGAUUACCAGCCUUUUAGUUCCUUGUAGUUUAUAAUUUUCUAAUGAAAAAAAAAUAUUUAUAAAGAAAAAAAUACAUAUUUGAGGGAAAUGGGGAAAAUCUUGCAGAAGGUGUGCUACUUAAAGGCCAAAAAAAAAUGUUUUAUAAUUUUAAUUGCGUAAAUAUAGCAAAUUGCGUCCAUAUGAAAAGUUAAUUUUGUGGAAAGUACAUAAUAAAAAAAAAUGCAGCUACACUGAGGAUUAAUUCAAAAAUCCUCAGAAUUUCUUUUUAAACAGAAAACCUGCUAAACGGUGGUCAAUGUUCAAAUAACAUGGCAGUUUUUCUUCCUUAAAAUGAAGAUUUAAUUUUAAUAAGAUUUGUUUUGCCAAGAAUUGUUUAUUCAAAGAAAAUUUAAAUACAAUUUACCUAAAAAAAAGAAUUGAAAGCAAAGACUGUGGAAUAUCCACAUGAGAAAUGUGAUAUUACACCUUAUAAAAUACAUAAUACUAGGAAUUAUUAUGGAUAAAAAUGAUUAUAGUGUAUUUUAAAUUGCGAGAAGUGAAAUAAAAAUAAUUUUAUAGAAAAAAAAA